AAAACAUUUCUUCGGAUGAAGCGGGAGAAGUACGGUUACAUCUACCGCACACACCUCUUCGGGAACCGCACGGUGCGCGUGACUGGCGCGGAUAACGUCAAGCAGAUCCUCCUGGGGGAGCACAGGCUGGUGUCCGCGCAGUGGCCCGCUUCUGUUCGCGCGAUCCUGGGCACGGAGACGCUCUCCAACGUGCACGGAGCUCAGCACAAGACUAAAAAGAAAGCUAUCCUGCGCGCCUUUUCCAGGGAGGCUUUAGAGCUCUAUAUCCCGGUUAUCCAGGAGGAAGUUCAGGCUGCAGCGGAGCAGGGCAUGGACCUACAGAGCCUGAACAUCGAGUCCUUGGAGCAGCUGAAAUACACCGGCUGUGUCAUCAAAGAGACGCUGAGGAUCAACCCUCCUGUCCCUGGAGGCUUCAGAGUGGCCCUCAAGACGUUUGAGCUCAAUGGUUACCAGAUUCCCAAAGGCUGGAACGUCGUCUACAGCAUCUGCGACACUCAUGAUGUGGCAGAGAUCUUCCCUGACAAAGAAGACUUCCAGCCAGAGCGCUUCCUGACCGAUCCGUGUGCGGACUCCUCCAGGUUUCAGUACAUCCCAUUUGGUGGUGGCUCCAGGAUGUGCAUUGGGAAGGAAUUUGCCAAAGUUCUGCUGAAGGUGUUCCUGGUGGAGGUGGUAACAAAGUGUCACUGGACUCUUUUAAACGGGCCUCCAACCAUGAAAACAGGACCUACUGUCUAUCCCGAAGACAAUCUGCCAACCAAGUUCACCAGCUAUGUACACAAUUAAACCGAAUAAACAAGAUUUAUUUUUUAUUUUCCCCAAAAGUCCUAAAAGAUUUGUUUGCAGACUCACUCAUGAACAGGAGGAUGUUCCUUUAGCUUGGUGUCGGUGUUUAAGCAUUAACUGUACAUAGUGUAGAUUACACA